UUUGUUACUUUAUGUGAUCUAGAUCCUUACUCAGCCUCAAACAUUAUGGAUUUUGAACGCAACUUUCAAGAAUUCGAAUUCGACAGAGAUAUUCUCUCUAAACAAAAGUGGAAAUCAAUUUCCUCGCAAGCAACACCACAAUCAUCGUCCGAUGACAACACAAAUGGAUUCGACUGCAACAUUUGCCUCGACGCAGCAUCCGAACCAGUUGUCACCCUUUGCGGCCACCUCUAUUGUUGGCCAUGCAUUUACAAAUGGCUCCACGUCCAAACCACAUCAAACGAGCCACCGAAAUGCCCCAUUUGUAAAACCAACAUAUCGGUCUCUUCCUUAGUACCCUUAUACGGACGUGGAACAACAACACCAACCCCACCCGAUUCAUUCCCAAUGACAGGUCCCACCAUUCCACGUAGACCUCCAGCUCAUCAUGCCAUUGAACAAACCCAUAAUCAUCAACAUUUUCGCUACCGUGAGGAAGAUUACCAAAACUCCCACACGACGAGUUUGUUUAGUCCUACGGCGAUGUUGUUUGGGGAAAUGGUACUUGAGAGAAUGUUUGGCGGGUCACCUCAACCAGGUUUAUUGGAUUAUAAUCAUCCCGAUUAUGUUUUGGUGGGAACUAAUCCGAGGAUGAGAAGGUACGAAAUGGAGAUUUAUAAGUCUUUGAAUCGAGUUUUCAUCUUUUUCUUUUGUUGUUUAGUUUCGUGUCUUCUUCUGUUCUGAGCUAACCGGGGAUGGAGAUCGAGAAGCUUAGCUGUACAGAUUGUGGAAAUUGAACUGGUUUGAGGUUUUAGUUUGCAUGCGAUGUUUUCGUGUUUGUGAGUUGUCGCUAAUGGCCUCGGUUUGAACAAAUUGAACUGUUGUUUAUAGUUUAGAGUUAGACUGUGCUAUUGAAUUUUCU